AUGGCAGUUUCUUUGGCCUCUCGGAUGGGCCGGAAGCUCCAGAGAUAUAACAACCUGGGCCAUCGACAAGUCGUAGGAUGCAUUCCUUACCGAUUCAAAAAUGGCGCAGAUGUAGACAUUACUGAUGAAUUGGAAGUUCUUGUCGUUACUUCUCAGAAAGGCCGAGCUCAAGGCCUGAUGUUCCCCAAGGGUGGAUGGGAAGUUGAUGAAUCUCUAGAGCAAGCAGCUUUAAGAGAAUCAAUUGAAGAAGCUGGAGUUCUUGGCAAUGUUGAGCGUGAAUUGGGAAAAUGGAACUUUGUCAGCAAAAGCCAAGGCACUCUUUAUGAAGGCUACAUGUUUCCGUUGCUCGUCAAGGAGCAGCUUGAAGUAUGGCCAGAAAAAGAUGUCAGGCAAAGAAUCUGGAUGAGUAUCGAUGAAGCAAGAGAAGUAUGUUGCCAUUGGUGGAUGAAGGAAGCUUUGGACAUAUUUGUUGCAAGAUUGAAUUCAUUAAAAGAAAUCAACAAUUCCGAUUGGAAGCAUAUUUUGUUGGAAGUAGGAGUUAUAACAAAGCCAAGAAUUUCAUCAAUUUUUUUUCUAUUAAAAUCAAGUUCUUCAAUUAACUUUAGGGAUUACAUUAAAUCAUUUUGA